AUGAAGAAUAUCGUGAGACUAUCAGGAAAGCAAUGGCCUACAUAAGUGCUCGCACGUGCAUUAACUUUCGUGAAGAUCCAUAUGCUAAAGCCCGUGUUUACAUCACCAUAAGAGGCGAAUGUUCGACUGAUCCUGGCAUGUCAGGAAACAAACAAGAAAUGUGGCUGGGAGGGGGUUGCUAUU